AGAUAAAUACACGUGCGUGCGCAAGUGUCAAAAUCGGUUCUUUCGUCAUCAAGAUGGCACUAAACUUGCAAGUAAAAGUCCAUCCGGUGGUUUUAUUUCAAGUUGUAGAUGCUUACGAACGGAGAAAUGCUGACUCCCAUCGAGUCAUUGGUACCUUAUUGGGUACGGCAGACAAAGGAGUCGUAGAAGUUACAAACUGCUUUUGCGUGCCCCAUAAAGAGACUGACGAUCAGGUUGAAGCAGAACUAUCCUAUGCCAUGGAUGUAUAUGAUUUAAAUCGAAGAGUUAAUUCGAGCGAGUCAAUUGUUGGAUGGUGGGCUACAGGCCAUGAAGUGACUAACCACAGUGCAGUUAUCCAUGAGUAUUAUUCAAGGGAAUGUAAUAACCCUGUUCAUAUCACAGUUGACACAAGUCUUCAAAAUGGUAGAAUGGGUCUCAAAGCAUAUGUAUGUGUUCCCUUAGGAGUUCCAAACGGUAAACAAGGCUGUAUGUUCACAUCAAUACCUGUUGAUGUAGUCUGUUAUGAUCCAGAAGUAUUUGCUCUUCAGUUAUGCCAAAAAACAAUGGUAGCAGGAGCUUCCAGAUCAAGAAAUGUCAAUCCCAUGCUUGACUUAAACCAAGUAUCAGAAGCUGGAAGUAAAAUGAGUGUGCUGCUAGAACAGGUUCUUCAGUAUGUGGAAGAUGUAUUGGCUAACAGAAUAGCACCAAACAAUGCUGUAGGCAGAUCUCUUUUAGAUUUAGUCAAUUCCGUACCACAUAUGAACAAUGAACAGUUCUCAGAAAUGUUUAACAGUAAUGUUAAAGAUCUCCUGAUGGUCAUUACUUUAUCACAGCUCAUUAAGACUCAAUUGCAAUUGAAUGAAAAAUUAACAUUGUUAACAUCUUUUUAAAUAAAAUGUUACUCAUCCGUUUUUCUUAAAUAAAAUAUUCUUCCAACCAAUAAAAUUCAUCUUAAUUAUAUAUUUUUAUAUUAAAUUCAACUUAGUAGUCUAAAUGUAGUUUAGUGAAGUAGUCACACCACAUACGCUCUGACAGUUUUUACUAUUAUUAAUUAAAUAAAAUUUUAUAGGAUU